CGUAGCGUACCAUUUUGAUAUUAACGUCGCGUUGUUACAGGUGUCGUAAAGGCGCAGUUGCGUGCAAUUACGAUAAUAGCGUGCAAAUUCCUCGUUAAUGCGAAAUAUUGACGUUUUCGAAAAUGUCACUAUUGCCGGUCGCGGGUGAUUACGCGAUGGGCUCCCGAGACCCCCUACUACCGAACUGACCAUUUGAAGCAAACGACGACACCUUCGGCAAGAGAACGUCUGCUAUAUAAACCCAGGACGACAGCCGAAAAGGCACAUCAUUCGAUCGGUCGUCUCUUCGAGCACACUUUACCGAUAAGUCUCCACAUCCAAACAAAUCGAUCGACAUCACUCGACGAACACUCGAAAUCAACAAUCUUCGUAAACCUUCAACAACAACAUGUUCAAGUACACGGUCAUGAUCGCAGCCGUAGUUGUGGUAUCGGCGUCUCUGGCCAACUGCGUGCCGGCCAACUCUUCCCGGACGGCGGCCAACCAAUACGACCCGAUGUUCGGCGCGGCCACCGUACACAAGAACAAACACGUCAAGCCGGACAACCACCAGCCGAUGUUCGCGGCCGAGCAACAAAACGGCGGCAGCGGCCUACUGGAGUCCGGUCUGUCCCACCUGCUCGAGGCGAUCAGCGUCCCGAAGAAGAUCAUCGGCAGCGCGGUCAGCGGCGUGGUCGGUCUGCUCAAGUCGGUCGAUCUGAAGAAAGUCAUCAAGAUCGCCCUGAUCGGCGGCGCGGUGGUCGUGUUGGGCGCCGUGGCCGCGGCCGGAGCCGCCGGUAUCGCGGCCAUCGUGACCGCGGUGUACGCGGUGCUCCCGUACUACCGGUUCUUCUUCGGCGGCAACAAGGGCGGCGAGGCUACCGACUCCGAGAUGGACGUCAUCAGCGAAUUCGUGCUGAGCGCGUUCAACAAAUACGACAGUCAGCACAGGGCGUAAUGACGCGACGCGUAAUACUGAAUUAUUAU